AAAUCAAUGAGUCAUUAUCUCAAGUAAAUAAAAGAUUUCUUAUUUGCUCCAAUAAAGUCGAGGAAUUUUUCAGGAAAAAGAGCACAAAUCGAGCGAGAAAUUCGGGACGCAGAUCUAGGGCAUUUUGGGACAUUUUAGGGACAUUUCAGGAACAUUUUAGGAGCACUCUAGGACGCAGGGUAAUUAUUUUUUUUGUUUUUUGUUUUUUGUUUGUCCAAUUUGGAGAAGAAAAAACUUAUUUUCAAGGAGGAUUAAUGAAUAUCAAUAAGAAUUAUAAUCAGAUAACAAUGCACUCCAGGAAGCUUAUUCUCCAAUCAAUCAAAACCUCUUCUGCUAGGCCCAUAUUAUCCGUGAGUGCGCAGAAUGUUCUAGGCAAAUCAAUAGUCAACAGUCCCAGAUGCUCUCAGUACUCCAUUACGAAAUUUUCCACUUUAGGUGCUGUGAGAAAUAGCAGUAGUAUAAACAAAAAACCAAACCAGUCUCACAACUUAGUCCACCAAAUCGAUAUUGAAAAUAUUGAGGAACCGUUUAAAGUUGACCGAUUCAAGUUUUCGAACAAGGACAACGCCAGAAUAGCCAAUUUACUCAUCAGGAUAAAUUCUAAUGAGAAAAUAAAAACCAAAUAUGAUAGCAUAAUCCAGAUAUUGAACGAGAAGAAAAUGAAUCCCAGAGAUGAGAAUUUCAAAUUGAUCAAGCCAUUGGGAUUCUUUAAAACAGUGCAGUUUAUGAUGGAUAAAGAGAUCAAAGCAGCCUUGCAGGAACUAAAAUCCGAAAUGGACAAAGAAAACUUCAAGCUUGAUCAAGACGAGGCUCUCAGCUUGAUGGCACUUUUUACAGGAAAAAAGCUCAAAUAGUUGACCAACACCUUAGCUAUAACGAUGAAGAAAGGCCAUUUUGUAAAUACAGAAAAUACAGUAAAUACGUUUCCAAUAUAUGGCAACUAAUUAGCUUGAAAAACC